AUGGCGCCCUCCCGCCUCUCCUCCCCCCCUCCCCCAGAAUCCUCCCCUCUCUCCCAAGGCCUCACACCCGCCCAACUAUCAACAUGGCACAAAAACGGCUACCUCCUCCUCCCAAACGCCCUCUCGGAAUCAGAAGUCACCACUCUCCUCUCCGAAACCCACACUCUCCUCUCCGAAUUCUCCCUCAAAGACCACCCCAUGACCCGCUUCUCCACGGGGGAAUCCACAUCCCACGUCGGCGACGAAUACUUCCUAACCUCAGGCAACAAAAUCCGUUUCUUUUUCGAAGAAGACGCCUUCUCCCCCACAACAACAACAGGCGAAGGAGGARGAGGAGGAGCAGAACUCACAAAACCAAAAGAAAAAGCCAUCAAUAAAAUCGGCCAUUACCUGCACCAUUUACACCCCGCAUUUCGAACCAUCUCCCUCACGCAACAAAAUGCACACAUUGCACGAGAUUUGGGGUUUCGGGAUCCUCGAGUUUUGCAAAGUAUGAUAAUUUGUAAACAGCCCGAGAUUGGAGGACGGGUACCUCCGCAUCAGGAUUCGUGUUUUUUGUACACCAACCCGCCGAGCGCUGUGGGGUUUUGGUAUGCUUUGGAGGAUUGUACGGUGGAGAAUGGAUGUUUGAGUUUUGCGCCCGGGAGUCAUAAGAGGGCGGGGAUUCGGGAGCGGUUUGUGAGGAGUGAGGAUGGGAAGGGGACGACUUUUGUUAAGAAUGAUUUGGGGGAGUGGCCGAGGGAUGCGGAGAGGGAGGAGGGGAUUGAUGGGGAGGAGGAGGAGGAGGAGGAGUAUGAGCUUGGGGAGGUCAAAGCUGGGACUUUGGUGUUGAUUCAUGGGAAUUUGUUGCAUAAGAGUGAGAGGAAUUUGAGUUCCAAGGGGAGGAUGAUUUAUACUUUUCAUGUUAUUGAGGGUGGGGAGGGGUGGGAGUAUGAUGGGAGGAAUUGGUUGCAGCCUCCGGAAGAAGGGUUUACGGCGUUGAAUGAUGCUUUGAAGGGUUGA